AUGGCAGCAGAAAAUGAGGUGAUCGGUGUUCAUUCCGUUGAAUCAAGGAAGGAACUGAUCCAGAAGGGAACUGAAUCCAAAAAACUGUGCGGUCCGUGUCGUUUUAUUGCUCCAAUUCUAGCAGAGAUUGCUAAGAAGACACCUGAAGUCAUCUUCCUCAAGGUGGACAUUGACGAAUUAAAGAGUGUUGCAGAGGAAUGGUCUGUCGAGGCUAUGCCAACCUUCUUAUUCUUGAAAGAAGGCAAGGAAGUGGAUAAGGUAGUUGGUGCUAAGAAGGAAGAGCUGCAGCUGGCAAUAACCAAGCAUGCAACAGCUGUUGCUACUGCUUAA